UCCCUGUAGACCUACUGUCACUGCAUUCACCAUUCAUCUUUCAAUAUAUUUGCUUGAUAAUAUGAUUAAAUGAUAUUUAUCCAAGGCGGCUUUUGUUAUGGUGUAUUACAGUAUAUUUAUUCUGUUAGAUGGAAGUCGAUUUGUACUGUGAUAGCCACAGAAUGAAUGUGCGUUAUGAUGGUUUAGUGCUCAGAGGAUGUAGUGUGGCGUGGGUAAUUUUGAUAUUGCUGGAUAUGUACUGGAUGGACGUAUUUGGAAUCGUACAGUUAUGUGCAGUAAACGUUAAGUUGACAAAGAUCCAUUCGGAUCACAACGUUGAUCAAAACUGUUUCUUUAGAUGCAAAUAUGCGGUUUAUGUCUACCAGAAUGGACGCCUUCCCCAAGUGUUCUGUCUGUCAGCAGCAGUUUACCCCGAAGGGCCCCGCCCCCUUCCUACUGCCCUGUCUACACGCUGUGUGUGAGACGUGUGUGACAUCUGCAGCUGGCGGUGUGAUAUCAUGCUCUACAUGUCAGAGGGAGGUCAACCUCACAGACACAAACCUCCAGAAGGAUACAGUGAGACAGAAGGUAAUAUUCCAUCUGACGGUCAAACAUCGCCCCACAGAGCUUCUCUGUACAAAUGAAGAUGACGGCAACCAGGCUGUGUGUUGGUGUCAGGACUGUGAAGAGUUACUCUGUGAAUACUGCCAGAACAUGCACAGCAGCGUUAAACUUACCAGAAGCCAUGUAGUCCAAAACUUCUGUGACAUGGAGCCAACUGCCUCGAACAUUCCAAAAUUUUGCAGCAUCCAUAAAUACGACCCCCUUUAUCUGUUUGAUAAAAGCUGCAAGAGAUUAAUCUGUGCGAGAUGCAGAUUUGAAGACCAUGCUGACCACGAAGUUGAGAAGGUUGAUGUGGCCGCUGAAACUGUAACAAAACAACUGGAAUAUCAUAAGAAUGAACUAUCAACCUUACAGACUCGCUACCAGGCAUACAUGAAGAGCAUCAGGCAAGGAACCAAAGCCACUGACGAAACACACAAUUCUUUGAAAGAUAAUACUCGUCACAUUUUCCAAUCUUUGAGAUCACAACUUGAUCAAAGAGAGAAGGAAAUUCUCGUAGAUAUGGAAAAUCAUGUAAAGAAGACAAAGGCAACACAUCAUGCUCUUCUCACCGCCUGUGAAGAAGACAAGAAGACCUGUACAAGGGUUUUAGACUACAUCAACAAAGUCUUCCUCUUUGCCUCAAAGUCAGACAUCCUGGGCCUGGAGAGAUAUGUUGGGGAGAUGACUCGGACCUGCCUGGACACUGCCGCGCCUCAAACAUAUGCAGUACCCACAGCUGUCUUCAAUACCAACAGUUUGUCAAAGCUGAAAGCGAAUGUAUCCGGAUUUGGUGCCAUUUUGACGAUGGAUAUGGACGGAAAAUCGGAAAUAAUUGCUGAUAGGGGUACUCAGACUGAUGAUGACUUUAUGGCAGACGUGGAAAUGAAACACAAAAUGGACAUGGAAGAACUAAAGACGAAAAUCGACUCAGACGAAAAGCACAUUGAAAGCCUUACAAAGCUUACAGACAAGCUCAAUUCAGAAAUCGAGAGCUUGAAAUCAGUAAGUCCAUUAAUCUAAUUAUAGAAUAGUCUCAUUUAUCUGCAUGUUUCAUACCUUUAGAUAUGUCAGCAUCUUAAAGUAUUUUAACGCAUUGUUAUUCAGAAAUAUUUGUCUCACAAUUUGACUGAAUAUUUAUUUAAAGCGGGUCUUGCAUUUGCCGCAAUCAAUUUAGAAAAAGACAACUGAGCAAAAUUCAAAAAUGCCUAGAUCAUUUAAAAAGUGCAUAAGUAGUCACAUAAUGAGACUCACAUAAUGAGUCAGCGUAUACACACGUCUCCUCAAUGACGUUGUCAAUUGGCGAAUUAUGUCAGCAGGAAUCCUAUUCCGUAAUUCCAGGGCCCUUAUUCUCCAAACGGUCGUAGCUCUAAGAUUUCUUAACUUUGAUCGUAGUCAAUGUGCUAAGAUGACUUAAGAUGUUCAUAGGGCUAGGAACAGUUCGAAAAUAACUAGCCAGGAGUGUCAGCUCAAGUUCCUGUGGGUUCACUGGGGGUGGUACACGCAGUCUCAGCUGACGGUCA